AUGGAUAAUACUGUAUACGCUUUAGUACAAUGCACUAGAGACUUGUCCCCAGAUGACUAUAAGAAAUGUCUUGGAAGUGCCACAGAAGAGAUUUUGGAUGUUUAUUAUUACUCAAUUGGAGUUAGACUUCUUAGUCAAAGCUGCUACUUGAGAUAUGAGUUGUAUGCGUUUUAUAUGGGUGAAUCUGAUUCUAUGGCUAAUAAUAAAAAUGGAGAAGAUAAUGGAAGAAAUGAAAGAUGGAAAUUUUCAUUGGUAGCUGUUGUUAUAUCAUGUCUUGUGAUAGUAGUUCUUGGUUCAUAUGCUUGCUAUUAUGCACUUAACAGAAGACACAAAAAGAGUAAUAAAGAUUUUGUUCAAGCUUAUCCAAGAGAGUUUCCAUACAUUGAUUUGGCUUCCAUAAAAAUUUCUACUAACAACUCUUCUGAUUCAAACAAGUUAGGAGAGGGUGGUUUUGGCCCUGUUUACAAGGGGGCACUAAGAGAUGGAGAGGAAGUGACAGUGAAGAGGCUCUCAAUAUGUUCUGAGCAAGAUGGAAAGGAAAAGAUACUUGUGUAUGAAUACUUGCCAACCAACAGCAUAGACAUCAUUUUGUUUGAUUCAAGGAAAUGUGCACAACUAGAUUGGAGCACACAGGUUAAUAUUUUAAAUGGAAUAGCAAGAGGAACUCUGUACCUUAAUGAGGAUUCUAGGCUUUGA